CCAUGAUGCAGAGCACGAAGCCGGAAGUAGGCCCGCACGAAGCGCUGCUCCUCGACGACCAGCCGCCCCACCACCUGCCCGUGAUGGAGAAGAAGACCCGCAAGCGCAACGUCCAGCACGUGGCGACGCAUGAAGACAAGCUCCGCGUCAUGAAGUGGAUGGUGGCGGAAGAACAGAAGCUGGCAGAGGAGCUCGAGGCGAAGCGGUCGGCGGUCGAUGGCGUCAAGAUGAAGCCCGAGAAGCACUGCCUCGCGUCGCGCGCGAUCCUCGAGUUCCCCGAGCUCUUCUGCGCGGCGUCGACGCAGGCCAACUACAUGAAGGCGACGCGCUGGUGGAAGGAGAGCAAGGUGUACAUCGAGACGACCGAGCACAUGCCGCACUCGAAGAAGGCCCGCGCGGGCCGUGGCCGCCGCGCGCUGCCAUGGACCGCGUGGCUCUACGAAGAGCUCAAGCACGCGAUGGACAACCACGUCGAGACGGCGACGUGGGGCAACCGCGACCUCCUCGGCAUGGCCAAGGCGCUCGUCGAGGCCUCGACGCACCCGACGUACAACAAGGACUAUAUCAUUCCGGAGCGCAAUACACGCAUCGUGGACAACCUGAAUCUGCGCUGGAUCCAGAGCUUCAAGGACAAGUUCAACAUUAAGAACACGAUGAAGAAGGAGCUGAGCCACACGAGCGAGCUCUCGCUGUGCCAAUGGGUCGCUGUCUCGACGGCCGCCAACAAGGGUCAGCCGAUCCCGAAGAAGGAUAUCAUUGAGCAAGCGUCGCACCUCUUUCUCCAAGAGUAUGACAGUCUCCCGGCCAAGCUCGAGUCGUCGUGGUACAAGAUGUUUUGCCUCCGCCACCCCGAGCUCAACCUCGUCGUCGAGCCGUCGACACCCGUGCCGUCGAGCCACGUCGCGGCCAUGGCGUCGGUGCUGCCAACGUCCAUGCCCAUGAUGCCGACACCAAUGCAGCCCGUGGGGGUCAUGUUUGAUGCGAUCGCAGAAGGCCAGUUUAAGAUUGUCAAGUCGCUUCUGCAGCAAGGCUUGAGCCCCGAGUCGAGCGAUGAUAUCGGAUGCACAGCGCUCUUGGCCGCGACCAAGUCUGGUCAGUUCAACGUUGUCAAGUUCCUCCUCGAAUUUGGCGCCCGCACCGAAGCGACCGACGAGUGUGGCCGUACGUCGCUCGUGCUGGCCACCUUUCUCGGCCACUUUCACAUUGUCAAGGCGCUCCUCGAGCACCAAGCCCACGUCGAAGCCACCGACGACAACUCCCGCACCGCGCUCUCGAUUGCGGCCGAGCGCGGUGACCUCAAGCUUGUCAAGCUGCUCUUGCGCAUGGGCGCCAACCUUGAGGCCCGCGACGAGGAUGACAAUACGCCGCUCAUGAUUGCCGUCAAGCACAACCACAUGGAAGUCGUCGUCUUCUUGAUCAAGAAGGGCGCCAACAUCCGCGUGCAGGACGUGGACGGCAGCACGCUCCUGGAGCUCGCCAAGCACUCGCGGGAGCUGAGUCAGCUCUUCCUCGAGAAGAUUUCGGCCGAGACCAUGUGCUAGCUGCGCUUUUCGAGUUGUAGGUAGCCCGCUAACCGAAUCCAGGGACUGUGAAGUAUACUAUUGGAUUGAUGCUCGU